CUCUGCCCCCACCACUUUUCUUAUUUUUUUUUUUUUUUUUUAAAUUUCUCUCCUCUGUAUAAACAAUUUUCAACUCUCUUCCGAUCAGCAAAAACGGAAAAAUUGAACGUCAAAGAAAAUAGAAACUUCCUAAUUUAUCCUUGUUUUAUUCUCUCCUUGAUCCGAUCCCGGUUCAGACCUUUCAAAAUUUUCUAAUUUCUUUAAAUUUCACCCUCCAUUUCUAGGUUUUCUAUUUCUCUCUCUCUGUUCCAAGUGUUUCUUGUAAUGGUGAAUUUCGUUGUUUUGUUUUAUUGAUUUGGAGUUAUAAAGAGAGAGAAAUACUGUGAAUUCUAGGGUUUUUUUAAAUGUGUGAGUGAGUUGUGUUUUUGGCUCUGGCUGCCAUGCAGAGAGUGGUGCAGUCGAGUGUGAGCGCGAGCGCCGCUGUCACCAGCAGCUACGGCGUCUCGUCGUCGUGCAAAGGAGUGGAGGCUGUGAUCUCCGAUAAUUUCCCGGUUGGUUUGAGGGUUCUAGUCGUGGACGAUGACAUUACUUGCUUAAGAAUUCUCGAGCAGAUGCUUCGCCGCUGCCUCUAUAUCGUUACUAUUUGCUCCCAAGCCAAAGUUGCCCUGAACCUUUUACGCGAGAGAAAAGGGUGUUUCGAUGUGGUACUGAGUGAUGUUUAUAUGCCCGAUAUGGAUGGUUAUAAACUCCUUGAACAUGUUGGGCUUGAGAUGGAUCUUCCAGUAAUUAUGAUGUCGGCUGAUGGGAGAACAAGUGCUGUUAUGAAGGGAAUUAGACAUGGGGCUUGUGAUUAUUUGAUUAAGCCCAUAAGGGAGGAAGAACUGAAGAACAUAUGGCAGCAUGUUGUUAGGAAGAAAUGGAAUGAAAAUAAAGAACUAGAACAUUCGGGAAGCUUAGAUGAUAAUGAUCGGCGUAAACAAGUAAAUGAUGAUGCUGAUUAUGCUUCUUCUGUCAAGGAUGGGACAGAUGUAUCAUUGAAACCUCAGAAAAAGAGGAAUGCCAAAGAAGAGGAUGAGGGUGAAAUUGAAAAUGAUGAUCCAUCCACAUCAAAGAAACCACGUGUUGUUUGGUCUGUGGAACUGCAUCAACAAUUUGUCACUGCUGUAAACCAGCUAGGGAUUGACAAGGCUGUUCCCAAGAGAAUUCUUGAGCUAAUGAAUGUGCCUGGUUUAACUAGAGAAAAUGUUGCAAGCCAUUUGCAGAAAUUCAGACUAUACUUGAAGAGAAUAAGUGGAGUGGCUCAACAAGGUGUAAUUUCUAAUCCACUUUGUGGGCUGGUAGAACCAAGUGUUAAAAUUGGUUCACUUGGAAGAUUUGACAUCCAAGCAUUGGCUGCUUCUGGACAAAUUCCUCCACAUACUUUAGCAGCCCUCCAUGCUGAGCUCUUAGGUCGACCAACUGGUAAUUUAGUUACGGUGAUGGACCAGCCUGCUAUUCUUCAAGCAUCACUCCAAGGGCCCAAGUGCAUUCCAGUUGAGCAUGGUGUGGCAUUUGGUCAACCUUUAGUAAAAUGCCAAUCCAGCAUUGCCAAACACCUCCCACAAUCCCUUGUAUCUGUUGAAGAUGUUCCUUCAGGAUUUGGAGCAUGGCCCUCUAAUAACAUUGGUACAGUGGGUUCCAGUUGCAGUCUUGGAGGGUUAAGUUCUCAGAAUGGUAACACGCUGAUUGAUUUGUUGCAGCAACAGCAACGACUUCAGAAACCACAGCAGCAGCAAUCUGCUAUCCCUGAGCCCAGCUGUUCAAUUACUGUGCAGCCAUCUUGCCUUGUUGCACCCUCUAAAUCAGCUGCUAGUUUUCAGGCAGGAAAUAGUCCUGUUUCUUUAAACCAUAAUGGCAGCUUGAGUAGGACUGCUGUUACUGAUUAUAUCCUUCUUUCACCUCAAUCACAUAAUUCUUCGUUGAAUAUUGGGCAAGUUGCUGAUGCGGAUCUCCAAAAUAGAGGCAUUCUUAGUGGGUUCAUCCCCUCUGCUCCUGUUUCUCCAUCUGUCUCAUCUUGCUCUGUAAAUGAUGACACUUGUACUAGUCGGCAAGUUCAAAUCUCAAGCUUGACAUGUAAAGCAUCCAGGCAUUUGCCAGGAUUUGUCCAUAACACAUGUGACGUCCAGAGUCCCUAUGGUUCUGCUAAGUCUGGAGAAGUGCUUGAUCAAGCACUUUUUAAUAAUCUUGAAUAUAUUAAUAAAGGGGCUUGCCUUCCAAUGCGGUUUUCUGUUGAUGAAUUUCAGUCGCCAAUGAGCUGCUCUACCCAUGGAAAAGUCUUUAGUGAGAACAUUGUUACCAGAGUGAAGCAGGAGCCAAAUAUGGAAUUUGUGGAUAAUGCAAAAGCAGGCAUACCAAUUCUACAACAAUUUCCUCCUAAUGAUCUUAUGAGUGUUUUCACAGAAUAGGCUUGCAUUGAAUGGUGAGAAUACCUGUCUUAGUUCUCCAUGUCGGUAGAGAUUGUUUUGCAGAAUCAGUUGUUCAGAAAGGUUCAGGUUGAAGUCUUAAUUUUAGUAUCGACCUUAUUCCUAGUAUCUACACCAGACUCUGGUGCGCUGUGAAGUCACUAGGUAUAUGCAAUUCAAAAGAGCAGGAAUUUGAUCCUACUAUCUUUUGUACAUUUAGGAUGAUGGUAUAGGUUGUACUUGCGUCUAGCCUCGAAUGAUUUUCUCCCUAAUUAGUCUUUAGGAAAAAUAAGUAGUGUCGGUCUGAUAGCUUAGAAUUAUGUCCAAUAUGAUAGCAUCUUGCAAACACAAUUGUGCAGUAUUUGGGUUUAGUGAUGUUAGAAUUCUCAUUUAUUUAUUACUCAAAUGAGUCAAUGUGUAUGUUUGCCCUGUUUUAUUUUCUUCCCUUCUCUCUCUCUCUCUCUCUCUCUCUCUCACACACACACACACAAGCUGACUUGUUCGAAGAGAUGGACAUAUAUAAUUCCUGGAUAGACAUAGUUAGAUGCGUCUUUACUGCACAGAUCUACAUGUGUUUUUUUUUUCUCAAUAAAGCAUAGAAUGAUAUUUAUAUAUGGUUUGAGGGUAUCAUAAAUUUGAGGUUUCUAGUCUUUUCUUUAGGGCAUUUUGCAAGAGCUCUAAUAAUAACUUUAUGUAUAUUCUAAACUGUGAUUUCUAUUUUGUAAGAGCUCUAAAAAGCAAAGAAUUUGGGUAUUUUCCCUUCUUCAACAUUUCACUUGAUAGUUUUUAUAGUUUGUUCACGCACUCUAUUAUCGUCAAUGUUUCGGAAUCAACUAAUUAAGUGCAUUGUUUUCAUCAAUAUUGUUGCUGGUCGGCUUCAAUUGGGCCUAAUGGUACCAAUUUCUGUUGACGGCAAGCACAGCUGAAUGCGUUACCUGUUGGCUAUGGCUCGACAAAUUAUGCGGGCACCUUGCUGCCAUCUUCAAAGGCCAUUCACAAGCAUCAACGACGAAGUUUGCCUGAUCAUGUGAACUCAUUCAUGAGCAGUAAUGUCUGGUCGAUGGUGGAUUUCAUUCACACAAAUUUAUUAGUACCUGAGGCAUCAUAUACGAUUCUUAAAGGCCAAAAAAAGGCUAAACGGUCUGAAUUAGAAAGUAGACCCU